UCUAGAAGAUGCACCUGAUGGAGGACUUUCUGAGGAAUAUUUCUGACAAAGUGUUUUUGAAAAGUGAACUGCAAAAGACAUUAUUUAAAGUUCUUGGAAGAGGAGCCUGAAAGGAAAUAGAAUGGCUGUGAGCAUGGAUGAUGAUGUUCCCCUCAUUCUCACUUUGGAUGAGAGUGGAAGCAACACCUCUGCACCCAAUGAGGAGCUGGAGCGGGAGGACCUGCCUAAUGAAAAUGGAGGCAGCUAUGACAUUGUUAACGAUGUGUCUAGCCCAGCAACAGGGGACUACCAUUCUCAGCAAAGAUCUGCUAGACACAACUGGGAAAUGAACUACCAAGAGGCAGCAAUCUACCUCCAGGAAGGAGAAAACAAUGAUAAAUUCUUCACCCACCCCAAGAAUGCCAAAGCACUGGCUGCCUACCUCUUUGUACACAAUCACCUUUUCUACCUAAUGGAGCUGAUCACGGCACUGCUGCUCCUGCUGCUGUCCCUCUGCGAGGCCCCUGCUGUCCCCAUUCUUCGCCUUGGCAUCUAUAUCCAUGCCACCCUGGAGCUCUUUGCGUUAGUGGUUGUGGUCUUUGAACUUUCUAUGAAGAUGAGAUGGAUGGGCUUUUACACCUAUAUCAGACACAAAAGAACCAUGGUUAAGACCUGUGUGCUGUUAGUGCAGUUUGUAGAAGCAAUAGUGGUUUUGGUGCGUCAGACCUCGCACGUCCGGAUAACAAGAGCUUUGCGGUGUAUCUUCUUGGUGGACUGUCGCUACUGUGGAGCGGUCAGAAGAAACCUGCGACAGAUCUUCCAGUCUCUCCCUCCUUUCAUUGACAUCCUCCUCCUCCUCCUUUUCUUCAUGGUGAUUUUUGCCAUCCUAGGUUUUUAUCUGUUUUCCUCUAACCACUCAGAUCCUUAUUUCAAUACCUUAGAGAACAGCCUUGUGAAUCUCUUUGUUCUUCUGACCACUUCAAAUUUCCCUGAUGUGAUGAUGCCAUCUUACUCCCGGAACCCCUGGUCCUGUGUCUUCUUCAUAGUGUACCUCUCCAUUGAGCUCUACUUCAUUAUGAACUUGCUUCUUGCUGUGGUGUUUGACACGUUCAGUGAUAUUGAAAAGAGGAAGUUCAAGUCCCUGCUGCUGCACAAACGCACAGCCAUACAACACGCCUACCGCCUGCUUGUCAGCAAGCAGAGACCAUCUGGUAUCUCCUUCAAGCAGUUUGAAGGGCUGAUGCGGUUUUAUAAGCCUCGGAUGUGCGCCAGAGAACGUUAUCUAACUUUCAAAGCACUGAAUCCAAGCAAUACAGCUUUAGUCAGCCUAAAGGAUUUCUACAAUUUCUAUGAAGUUGUUGGCUUAAAAUGGAAGGCAAAACGAAACCGCGAGCACUGGUUUGAUGACCUUCCACGGACAGCGUUUCUUAUAUUUAAAGGCAUUAACAUUCUGGUGAAGUCCCGAGCAUUCCAGUAUGCCAUGUAUACUGUGGUAGCUGUGAAUGGGAUCUGGAUUCUAAUUCAAACCUUCAUGCUGCAAGGUGGGAACUUCUUCCCCAGAGAUGUCCCAUGGAGUUACAUCGUCUUCCUCACGAUCUAUGGGGUAGAGCUGCUCCUGAAAACCACUGGCCUGGGACCCAUUGAGUAUCUGUCUUCUGGAUGGAAUCUCUUUGAUUUUUCAGUCACCCUGUUUGCAUUUCUGGGUCUCCUGGCGCUGGCAUUUAACAUGGAGCCAUUCUACUUCAUCGUCGUCCUGCGACCCCUUCAACUGCUCAGGCUCUUUAAAUUGAAGAAGCGCUACAGGAAUGUCCUGGACACAAUGUUUGAGUUAUUCCCCAGGAUGGCCAGCCUGGGCUUAACCCUGCUUAUCUUCUACUACUCCUUCGCCAUUGUCGGCAUGGAAUUCUUCUCUGGGGUUGUCUACCCAAACUGCUGCAACACGAGUACAGUUGCAGAUGCCUAUCGCUGGGUGAAUCACACGGUUGGAAACAAGACAGUGGUGGAAGAAGGUUACUACUAUCUGAACAACUUUGACAACAUUUUGAACAGCUUUGUUACGCUGUUUGAGUUGACAGUUGUCAAUGACUGGUACAUCAUCAUGGAAGGGGUGACCUCGCAAACCUCUCACUGGAGCCGCCUCUACUUCAUGAUCUUCUAUAUCGUGACCAUGGUGGUGAUGACAAUCAUUGUGGCCUUUAUACUGGAGGCUUUUGUGUUCCGCAUGAACUACACCCGAAAGAACCAAGGUUCAGAAGAAGACAAUGGCAUUGUCCUGGAGAAGGAGAUCUCCAAGGAGGAAAUGGCAAGCGUAAUUGAGCUCUACAGACGGAAUUAUGCUGCCUCUGAAACUGCCCCGCUGCAAAAGGUCAUUGCACAAAUGGACAAAUAUGAGCAAACAUCAAUGCUGUUUCUGGGACGGCGAUCAAGGACCAAAAGUGACUUAAGUAUGAAAAUGUACGAGGAGGAGAUACAGGAGUGGUAUGAAGAGCAUUCCAGAAAAGAAGAAUAUCCGUGGCAAGAUGUCUUCCCGUCCGGCAACCACAUGCUGUCCUCGGGCCUCAGGCAGCGCUCACAGACAGUUAUGUAGGCCAAGCUAGUGCAAACCAUUCUUCUAUGCAAUAAUCCCAUAGUAUUAUUUUAUAAUGUAUAUAGAUAUAUUCAGUCAAAUUUUGGUUUUAAACAUCUCUUCCCCUGGAAGACAUCAUGAGUUGCUUUGAAUAAAUGAAAAGCAAAGAACCAGAGGACUCAAAAUAGGACUGCUGGAACCAAAAAAAAUAUAUAAAGUUAUAAUAUAACUCUUCAGCAAGACCCUAUC